AGCGGAACGGAAAGGAAUAGUAGAUCUCGUGUAAAUAGUAUUUCGGAUAUUAGGAAUGAAAAUGGAGAAAUCGAUUACAAAAAACUGUAUGAACAGCAGCUAGCAGAAAAUGAGAGGCUGAAAGAUAAGCUUAAGAAAUCUGAAGAUGAGUUACGACAAACUAAACAGACUCUAGAAAAAAUUAAUGUGGUAACUAGUAAAAAUUCUUUAUCCGAAUUAGAGAAAAGGGAACGAAGAGCCAUGGAACGUAAACUAAGUGAAAUGGAAGAGGAACUUAAG